UCAUUUUAGUAGGCUGUUCAAGUCUUAAUUGGUACAUGAUCACGGUCGAAAACAGAAAGGGAUUUCUUGAUAGCGCAUUCGGCUACUCAAUGAACAAGAGGGAGCAUUUAUAUUGAAACUUUAACGAUUAAUAUGACCUAUGCUGUUGUGUGUAGGCAAGAGCCGCGAGCUAAAAAGCAUUUCUGGCGUGUCGAAACAAGGGAAUGUGCUUGGAGUUGCUCAUAACGAAACUGAAAUUGUGAAGACGUAUAAGUUCCUUAGCAAGGACGCCGAUCAGUGUGGUUACAGCAAUCCACCCGAAGAGCUGAAGUCUACUGCUUGAAUGAGAUCAUGGCUUCAGUUGUCUACUGCUUGCUGUUGACUUGCUUGAUUUCUUCUUCCAAGUCUGUCGAAGAAUUUCUCUCUCUGGAUUGCCCUACUGAACACCAUGGAGUUUAUGGCCAGAGGUCACUGGUGAAGUGCAUAGCCAAAGCAAAUAUGGGGGAAAUUACCACUAUCAAACAUGUUACAUGGAAGAAAGGGGCUGAGAGAGUGCUGAUGGUCACUGCAGGAAAAUUGGAAAUGGAAAAAGAUGGCUUUCAAUUUGCUGAUCCAGACUGGAAGGUGAAUAUGAACACAAGCCUGUUGUUGACAAACACCAAGAUGUCUGACAUGGGAGAGUAUGAAUGCAUGGUGUGGACAGACGUCGGCCAUAAAACAGCCAAAACCCACCUCAGUGUCACAGCUAAAUAUCAAACCCCGACCAUGAACUCCAUCCAGGGGGAGAACAUCAAGGACAACACGGAUGUCACCCUGUUCUGUAACGCAACGGGGGGAGACCAAAUAGGUUCUAUUCAGUGGUUUGAUGAAUUUGGUACAAACUGGACGCCAAACUCCGAGCUGGUCGGCAGUAAGACCGAAAAUGGAUUGUUCAACCUCUCCAGUCGUUUGGUUUUGAAGGACCCUUCAUCUAAUUACACAUGUUUGGUGUUCAACGCCAGAGGUGUUCAGGAAGGAAAGGCCAGUCUCAGUCUACAGUUAAUGAGUAUGAGUGGCAGAGAUGAUCAGACCUCGGGAGACCUUCACGCCAGAUACGUAGCUCCGCUCGUGAUCAUUGGAUCACUGAUCGUCGGACUGCUGGUUACAGUCCUGAUAUGUAGAAGACGCUCUAGGAAGGCUCGACGGCCCUCCGCAGCACCUUUAAUGAGUGACGGACACCAUCCAGUGACAACAGAAGAAUAUGUUGACCCUUAGGCUCCAGGUACUGACAAUUUGUCAUGUUUACCAUGUACUCUCUCUGUACUCUUACAUCUCUCUCUUUAUGUGUUUGGGAGGGGGAAGUGGGCAUAUGUAUAUGCACACUUAGUUUGCAUAGCUUGAAAUAAAGGUGCUAAUGGCAUUAAAUAUACAUGUAGACCAGUUAGGCUCUACCACUAGGUCAGUGAGGGGAAGUGGCUUACAACAAACCAGCAUCAUUUAUUUCUCAAACCACACAAACAUCUCUAAAACAAAUUGUUCAUGCUCCCUUUAGUGAGCUGCAAUCUACAAGAAGGCACUCUCUAUAGAAUUCAUGAUUAUUAUUUUUUUUCGGUGCGCUAAAUGCAAGAUGCAGGUUUCUGUAAAAAGAAAAGCAACAUAAUGGUAGCCAUACAUUUUGAGUCACACCUUUUUCUAAGUACCUUGACUUACUGUAUAUUAUUAAAUCCUGGAGUCCUUGUAUAAUGUCAUGAUUGCAUGUACUAAUUCUUAUACAUGUGGCUGUAAAUGGGUAUCAUCAUCAUGGUGAUUGAUUUAGUGGACCAUGUUUUGUUAAUUCUGAGCAUGGUCCACAUGCUAAUUUGAAAAAGGAAACAAUAUCUUUCUCACUCUCUCUCUCUCUCUCUCUCUCUGUCUCUGUCUCUGUCUCUGUCUCUGUCUCUGUCUCUGUCUCUCUGUCUCUCUCAAAAGUGUCUCACAAAAGUAUCUACUUUCAUGUUGCACUGUAAAGUCAGUCGUUGUAAUCAUAACUUCUGUACCACUGUGAUCUUUGUAGCUGCAAACAUUAUGUAUAGGAAUGUUAUACUGGCUGAACAUGAUGCUCUUUCACUUCUGUCAGUUUAAGAGGAAACUGCGGCUGAGAAUAUAUGUAAAUGUACACUGUUAUCGAUCUGUUGUGUCUGUGUUUUGUACCGUACAUGUGUGAUUGUUUAUACUAUGAUUUUGGAUGCACUGUAUUUCCACUUUUUACACUGUAUUUCAUUUGCCCUUGUCUUCCCUUUGUACUUUUCAUUGAUAAUUAUAUGUGAAAUAAUUGUGUCUUUACUACAUUGUCAGUAGGCCUAAAUCAGGUGUAGUGGACAUAACAAUGCAAUUGCAGCUAAUCAGCUAGUGUAUUAAGAAAGCUUUACCCCUCCAGCUAAAACCCUAACACCAUGACAUAAUAAGUGAAGACUUAUGCCAGUGAAGUAGAAGUCUUUUCAUACUUCAUACCGAGGCUAAAUACCAAAAACAGCAGCAAAACUGUCCAGUAGGUGGCGACCUCCCCAUGGUUCUUAAUCAACAGGAGUCAAAACUUGGAGUAACCCAAAUUUUUGUUUUAAUAUUUGCAAACAAUAAUCUGAUGGCAUUUCAUUGCUUAUAAAUUCAUGUUUUUAGACAUUGUAAACGUAAUUGUUUUACAAAGCGUGACUGCAAAGAAUUACUUAAUAAAAAAUAUAUAAAUAUAUCCCUUGAAUAGUCAUUCAGAAAUAAUUUGAUUAUUUCUACAUGUUGUAAUUUUACUAAAAGGUUCUAAACUUAUUUCACCAGACAUUGUAAUACCUCCUGAUCCUUCAAGACUUCAUUCUGUUCUUGAUGAGGUUCACCUUUCUACUGUUGAACCGUUAGCAAAGGGUAUACAUACAAAUGUAUGUAAAUAUUAUAAACUCGCAUAAGGCACUCAUCACAUGUCAAGUGAAUUAGUCAGAGAUACAGAAUGAGAAUUGACAGUAUUGUUACUUGACCUGCUUUCUGGUUCAUCUUCUCUUCCACUCUACAUUAUAUUGCUUUCUUAUCUUUAUCUUAACACAACUUGACAGGAUCUCCUUACACAGUCUGACAGAGUGAGCAACGUUGUUAGACUUUAUUUCUCAAAGACUAAACCUUUACCACAAUAAUAUAAAGCAUUAUGAUAGGAAUUUCAGUACUAGACUCAACUCAGUUAUCUUGAACCAAACUAUUAUCUUUCUGUUUUUAAUUUGAACUUGAACUUUUCAUUGAAACCAAAUCUCCCAUUUAAAAUGCAUAGCCUACCUUGAUCACGUUGUCUGAUUUCAUAUUUACUUUGCAUUUCUUUUUGUAAAUAUUAGUUUAAAACCAUUUGGUAAAAAAAUAAAAUCUGAUUAUUGCAAUUGAACAAUUACAUUAUAAUUUUCCUUGAUUUACAAUAAAGCAAAAUCAAGUAGGUGCUCCGUUAAAUUGACACUUGAUGAAUCUGCAUUAAUAAAGUAUAUUCAUACAUACAUAUGGCCACACCCAGCUACAGUGACCAUGUCUGUCUUUCCUUUAAAUGCCAGAGUCAGUCCACAGCCACACAGACUGUAGAGAAAUGGCCAUGUCACUGCAGUGGUGUCUUCUGUUGCUCUGUGUCUCUGUCAGCGCUGGUCAGUAUUAUCUUUCUACCAACUGUCUUUCAUAUGUGUCUAUGGAGCCUAUUACAGGUUGCUGGAUUGGUCAAAGCUGUGUGGAUAAUCAAGCCUUUUCAGUAAUAUUGAAUGGUAAUGGCUUGCUCAAAAGGAUGGAAUGCAUUAUGUGUUCAUGAAAAACUAUUUAGGACAAUGUGUAAUUACUUCAUCCAAUGGUACAUAUAAUAAUAAUAAUAAUUUUGUAUAACAUAGUAGUAUAUGUGAUACCAACAAAUAUUUAAUAAAACGUUUAUAACCUUUGCUAGCAAUAAUGUAUCUGGCGUAUAUCAGUCAAACAACAGAAAAUCAUGCAGAGCAGACAAUGUUAAAAACUCAAACUUGGAAACCAAAGGAUGAACAAUGACUGCAGUACACAUAAUUCACACAGCAUGACACGAAACGGCUCCUCAUUCCUCAUACAACCCUGACAGAGCCGCAGGGGCUGUACCUGUACUAUGGCAUGCACAAGACGGUGGAAGUGUUGUACUAUCACCACUCCAGCAACCUUUCCCCUAGGCUGGAAUACAGCCACCGAGUGGAGGCGAAUGGAACCCUGAACAAACUGACCAUCACCAUCAGCGAUGUCAAAAUGGAAGACGCCGGGGCCUACUUCUGCACCUUCCAGAAAUUCAACAGACAGACGUCAGAGGUGGAAGACUUCAAAGGCAUUGGCUCCACUAUCCUUGUGGUUGACAGAAUGAGAUCAUGGCUUCAGUUGUCUACUGCUUGCUGUUGACUUGCUUGAUUUCUUCUUCCAAGUCUGUCGAAGAAUUUCUCUCUCUGGAUUGCCCUACUGAACACCAUGGAGUUUAUGGCCAGAGGUCACUGGUGAAGUGCAUAGCCAAAGCAAAUCUGGGGGAAAUUACCACUAUCAAACAUGUUACAUGGAAGAAAGGGGCUGAGAUAGUGCUGAUGGUCACUACAGGAAAAUUGGAAAUGGAAAAAGAUGGCUUUCAAUUUGCUGAUCCAGACUGGAAGGUGAAUGUGAACACGAGCCUGUUGUUGACAAACACCAAGAUGUCUGACAUGGGAGAGUAUGAAUGCAUGGUGUGGACAGACGUCGGCCAUAAAACAGCCAAAACCAACCUCAGUGUCACAGAUAAAUAUCAAACCCCGACCAUAAACUCCAUCCAGGGGGAGAACAUCAAGGACAACACGGAUGUCACCCUGUUCUGUAACGCAACGGGGGGAGACCAAAUAGGUUCUAUUCAGUGGUUUGAUGAAUUUGGUACAAACUGGACGCCAAACUCCGAGCUGGUCAGCAGUAAGACCGAAAAUGGAUUGUUCAACCUCUCCAGUCGUUUGGUUUUGAAGGACCCUUCAUCUAAUUACACAUGUUUGGUGUUCAACGCCAGAGGUGUUCAGGAAGGAAAGGCCAGUCUCAGUCUACAGUUAAUGAGUAUGAGUGGCAGAGAUGAUCAGACCUCGGGAGACCUUCACGCCAGAUACGUAGCUCCGCUCGUGAUCAUUGGAUCACUGAUCGUCGGACUGCUGGUUACAGUCCUGUUAUGUAGAAGACGCUCUAGGAGUAUUCUGCACUCACUGAGGUACCCUCACUGUGGUACACUCACUGUGGUACACUCACUGUUGACUUCCCCCUCACUGCAGGACCAAGGGUGUUGAUGCUCAAAGUCGAGGAUGUGCCCUCUGCUCUGCAUCUGUCCAGUCCCACUGUCAGGUCCUCGUCGCUGACAAUCACCGACGCUGACAAUCACCAAUCAACAUAUUUUCAGAUCUUCUCCAUCCUUUGCGGUCUUGUUGUCCUGCUGUGGGCCAUCACCCUCAUUCUUUGUCUUGGACGACAGUGGAAGGGGUUUGUCCGCAGCAUUGGAUGCCCCACCCAGACGGUUUGCCCUGAUUCGGUGUACAUGGACAUGAGAAGCAAACUCCUUCAGAGGCCAGCCCACUCGCCCCCUGUGCCUGAAACCACCCAGCAUAUCAGUGAGAAACUCGAACACGGCCACUAAAAAUGUCCUUAAGGGCAAGUGGCCUACGUGAGCGUGUGCGAGUGUGUGUGUGCAAUUGUGUACAUUCAUCAUGAGCCGACGUAAAACUGGGGUCUUCCACUUUGCGCCACACAAUCCUUCUCCUUCACCUCAAGCUUUAGCACCAUAAAGAGUAGAUCCUGAUGUGGCUAUGAAACUUUCUGUGAAAUCUACUGUUAUCCAAUAGAAUGGAUGAUUGUUCAAUGUUUUGGCUUAACAUAUUCUUGGUUGAUAAGAUGCUUUUAAGAUGCAUUAUUAGUGCCUUGUUCUACUGUUUGUAAGCUUGGUUGAUUGUUCCAGAAGUUCCAGAUGUGUUUUGUUACUGUCUCUGGUCAAUAAAGUUUUCAUCAUAAAGUUAAAUUGUCUAAAUAUUUUAUUCACCCCCAAUUACCAAAAUAAGCACCAAUAAUUCUGACUCUAUUUGUAUCUCAGUAUACUUGGAAGUUGCACUCUACUACAGUGAUUGCAUUUCCAUUUGAUUAAUUUAGCAAAUGAUUUUAUCCAAAGCAGCACACAAACAGUGCAUAAAGCAGAUAAUUAACAUCCCCAGAAGUGCACAAUUAGCAGUAUUUCAGUAGUCAGUGCCAAGGAACUGUUUGUAUUUGACCAGACACAGUGCAUGAAUAUCAUCGCAACUACAUUUAAACGAUUCUAUAAGGACAGUGCAGCACACAAACACCCACAGUGCAAAAACAAUUAGUAGGUGCAGAAUGUAUUUGCAAGAAUCUCAGACACAACUGUUUCAACUGUCAUAGCAGUGUCAGAUUUAGGUAUCCACGCUUGCUUGCUCACUUCCAUAUCUGUAUUUAUGUGUUUGGGAGGGGGAAGUGGGCAUAUGUAUAUGCACACUUAGUUUGCAUAGCUUGAAAUAAAGGUGCUAAUGGCAUUAAAUAUACAUGUAGACCAGUUAGGCUCUACCACUAGGUCAGUGAGGGGAAGUGGCUUACAACAAACCAGCAUCAUUUAUUUCUCAAACCACACAAACAUCUCUAAAACAAAUUGUUCAUGCUCCCUUUAGUGAGCUGCAAUCUACAAGAAGGCACUCUCUAUAGAAUUCAUGAUUAUUAUUUUUUUUCGGUGCGCUAAAUGCAAGAUGCAGGUUUCUGUAAAAAGAAAAGCAACAUAAUGGUAGCCAUACAUUUUGAGUCACACCUUUUUCUAAGUACCUUGACUUACUGUAUAUUAUUAAAUCCUGGAGUCCUUGUAUAAUGUCAUGAUUGCAUGUACUAAUUCUUAUACAUGUGGACGUAAAUGGGUAUCAUCAUCAUGGUGAUUGAUUUAGUGGACCAUGUUUUGUUAAUUCUGAGCAUGGUCCACAUGCUAAUUUGAAAAAGGAAACAAUAUCUUUCUCACUCUCUCUCUCUCUUUCUCUCUCUCUCUCUCUCUCUCUCUCUCUCUCUCUCCCUCUCUCUCUCUC